AUGGGGGAAGUUUUUAAAAUAAGACUCCUCAGUGGUGGCCAUUGUGCUGAUCCAACUUCCCUCGCUCGAUCGCCUUGCUCGGCUUCCUCAGCAACCAGGUCUGACAAACCUGAAUUGGCUGAGAUGGAGAAAUUCGAUAAGACAGCACUGAAGAAGACAGACUCGCAAAAGAAAACGCCCCUGCCUUCAAAAGAAACAACUGAACAAGAGCAGCAAGCAGAGCGAUCGUAA